AAUUCCGAUCUUGCUAGGUUGACGGAUUGGUCCGCAUAUUAUUCAAAGCCGAGCCGGUGGCUGUAGAAAGCAGAACCCUUACAUGGCCAGACCAAACCAUGAGAGAGAACCGGACGAUAAUAAAGGAUCACCGCCGGAGGCUGCGGCGUGGGGGACGUGGGAGGAGCUUCUUCUAGCCUACGCCGUCAACCGAUUCGGCACCAACAGCUGGGAUUCUAUAUCGUCCGAGUUGCGGAAGCGGAGCACCGCCCAGAUCGUCUUCACUCCUAAACACUGUAAACAAAAAUACCAAGAACUCGAACGCCGUUUCGGCCAAUCAAACGGUGACGAUGUCGAUAUCGAUGACGGCAGUGGGACUGCCGCCGCCGCUGGUGUCCCUUGGAUCGAAGAACUAAGAAAACUACGAGUCGCAGAACUACAGCGGGAGCUCCAAAAUUUCGAUAUCUACAUCUCGUCAUUGCAAUUGAAGGUGAAGAAAUUGACCGAAGAUGGUGAAAAAAACGGUUGUGCAGCAGAAAGGAAUAAAAAGCCAGAAUUAGGGCAAAAAAUCGACGAGAUUGAAAUUAAAAAAGAAGAAGGGGAAGAUAAUAAAUCGGCAGAUCUGGUAAUUUCCGGCGAGGAACAUGUUCCCGGCGUCGAUGAAUCCUACAGGGACAAUCAAUCUAUGAACGGUUCAAACGGAAACCUAGAAACCGCCAGUCCGGUGCGUACCGUCGACGGAAAAUCAGAAUCGUCGCCACACUCGCCGAUCAGACCGGAGGGUUCAAAUAAGAUUAGACCGGAUUCAAAUGAACCGGUGAAGACCGAACCGAGCCAAGAACCCGAUUCAACAGUUAAGGAUAAUUCAGAUGUACAAAGCUCGGCGAGUAAGUCGAUGAAGGAGAGGAAUGAUAGAGUGCGACGCGGGAGCAGCAAAGGUGAUGAAGAUCAAUCGAGAAACAGCAUUCCUGUUAAAUCCUUGCCGUUGAUCGAUAUCUUGCAGAAAGUACAGAAGCUCGGCUCGGCGUUCCUUGAUCGGCGGCUUGACAGACAGGAAAAGCUAAAGUACAAGAACUUGAUAAGAGAACACAUAGACUUCGAGAUAUUACAAACAAGGCUAAAAGAAGGGUGGUAUUCAGAUGGAAACAAGAACUUCUUUCGUGAUCUUCUACUUCUCGUUAACAACAUUUUCAUCUUCUUCCCCAACGAAUCCCAAGAAUCCAUUUCUGCAAUCCAUCUUCGAAAAUUUAUCAUGAACGAAAUGGCAUCCAAGAAAAAACAAAAAUCCGAAUCACAACCCCCCAAAUUGAUUGUUUGUAAAAAACGCAGCUCGAUUGCAGCUAAAGAAACGACAAAUGAAAAAGAGUUAUCAAACGAAAAAGAAAGAGAAUUAGAAUUGUCUUCGAUUUCAAAGAAAAUUAGUAAAAAUAAUAAGCCGGUUGAGUUGGAGGAGAAGAAGAAGAGUGCUGCAAAGUUUUUGAAUAGAAUGAAGGAAAGUUUGUUGGUUUCCAAGAAUGAGGCGGCAGAAGUGGCGGCUGGUGGUGGUUCUGGGAAUGAUGGUGGUGGAGGGGGGCAAAAGAGAGUCGGUGAAGGGAAGAGGAGCUCGGGGCAACGGAAAGAAGCGGAUAGUCCGACCAAGAAGAAUGUAGGACGGCCGCCUAAGAAAGCGGUGGCACAACCUUCGGCGGGCGGUGGUUUAGGGAAGCGGAAUCGGGACGAUGGGGAGUCUGAAUCAUUGGUUUCGAAACAAGGAAAGAAGAAAUCGAAGAAAUUAUAGUGAAAUAGGCAAUUAGUUUUAAGGGUGGUGGUUUAUUUUCACAAGUGUUUUAGUGUUUUACAUUCACAUUUUGUAUCAUUUGUUUGUUGAUAUUUAAAUAACUUCCCCUUUUAUUUUA